UCUUGUGGUCAGUAUUAAUAAUUGCAGUGUCUCUUAGCGGUCAAAUUAAUGAGUGCACUUUAUUCACUUGAACACAGAGCAGCUUCUGUGUUGUCACUGAAUUUCUGUAUUACAUGAUUUUCUCGAGGAAUUGGUUACACUACUUUCACGAAACACGUUCCUUAACAAACCGGUACUGAACAACAUGGAGGAACUAGUUUCACCCGAUGGGAAGGAAUCUUUAGAUCCGCGCACCAGUGGAAACCGGAAGUUCUGUUGUUUAAGCUGCUUGGAAAAAGACACGAGAAAACAGAAGGAAUAGAAGAUAGAGAGAAAGAGAAAGAGAAAGAGAGCGGACUGCGUUGGUGAACGCCAAAGAAAUAAAAUGGAGUCUGUUUACAUCAAACAGGAGGAAGUUCUGAAAUUGAUAACUCUCAACAUUAAACAGGAGAUGACUGAACUGGAGCCUGUCCACGUUAAAGAAGAGACUGAACUGGAGCCUGUCCACAUUGAGGAAGAGACUGAACUGGAGCCUGUCCACAUUAAAGAGGAAGAGACUGAACUGGAGCCUGUCCACAUUAAAGAAGAGACUGAAAUGGAGCCUGUCCACAUUAAAGAAGAGGAGACUGAACUGGAGCCUGUCCACAUUGAAGAAGAGACUGAAAUGGAGCCUGUCCACAUUAAACAGGAAGAGACUGAACUGGAGCCUGUCCACAUUGAAGAAGAGACUGAAAUGGAGCCUGUCCACAUUAAAGAAGAGACUGAACUGGAGCCUGUCCACAUCAAAGAGGAAGAGACUGAAAUGGUGCCUGUCCACAUUGAAGAGAAGUCUAUUGACUUGUUGUUUAAGGAUUCAGAAAACAUAUCCCAGCCAAAUAUAGCACAUCACUGUGAAUGUGGGAAGAGCUUCCGUCGGUUAGGAGACCUAAAAAGACACCAGCGCAGUCACACUGGAGAGAAGCCAUAUCACUAUGUUGAAUGUGGGGACAGUUUCAGUCAGUUAGGAAACCUAAAAGCACACCAGCGAAUUCACACUGGAGAGAAGCCACAUCACUGUUCUCAAUGUGGGAAAAGCUUCAUUGACACAAGAAACCUAAAACAACACCAGCGAGUUCAUACUGGAGAGAAGCCGUAUCACUGUUCUGAAUGUGGGCAGAGUUUCCGUAUGUCAGGAAGCCUAAAAACACACCAGCGAAUUCACACUGGAGAGAAGCCGUAUCACUGUUCUGAAUGUGGGGAAAGUUUCAGUCAGUUAGGAACCCUAAAAACGCACCAAAGAAUUCACACUGGCGAGAAGCCGUAUCACUGUUCUGAAUGUGGAGAGAGUUUCCGUGUGUCAGGAAGCCUAAAAAAACAUCAGCGAAUUCACACUGGAGAUAAGCCGUAUCACUGUUCUGAAUGUGGAGAGAGUUUCCGUGUGUUAGGAGGCCUAAAAACACACCAGCGAAUUCACACUGGAGAGAAGCCGUAUCGCUGUGCGGAAUGUGGAGAGAGUUUCCGUGUGUCAGGAAACCUCAAACAACACCAGCGAAUUCACACUGGAGAGAAGCCGUAUCACUGUUCUGAAUGUGGAGAGAGUUUCCGUGUGUCAGGAAGCCUCAAAAUACACCAGCGAAUUCACACUGGAGAGAAGCCGUAUCACUGUCCUGAAUGUGGAGAGAGUUUCCGUGUGUCAGGAAGCCUCAAAAUACACCAGCGAAUUCACACUGGAGAGAAGCCGUAUCACUGUUCUGAAUGUGGGGAGAGUUACAGUCAGUUUGGAAGCCUAAAAAGACACCAGCGAAUUCACACUGGAGCCAGCCUCCCUCCCUCCCAGUCCUGCACCUCUCCACCCUGCCAGUCUGAGUGUGUGGAGAGCUGUCUAAUUCCUUGUCUCUUUCAUCCUGCAGUAAAUGAAGGGUGUCCCCAGGAAUGAGAGCCAGCCUGAAUCCAGAGUCACUGAGAAGGGGAGCGUGUCAAACUGAAGGAGGCAGACCCAUUAUUUCAGAAUGAACAGGAGAGCCCUGGGAUUCAGCUCCACUCAUCCUGAAUUGGAAAUGAAUCUCACUCAUCAUGCUGUGAGAAUUUAGGACAGAGUUACAGGUUCAUUCUGCUUAUACAUGUGAUACAAAACCAACACAUUAAACAAAGCUGCCAAUAACAUACGUCAUAUUUUUAAAAUGUAACUGGAGCUGUAAAUGGCAUUGCUGUUCCAGUGUCAGUGAGAACAGCAUAAGAUACAGAAUUCAGUUGUUCAAAAUAAACUAAAACUAAGAAUAUCUUCAUGUGUGGCAGCAAUGUGUACUGCAUCUAAUUAGAAUGGCCUCUAAGCUAUUGCACCAGUGCAAACACAAGCUGAAACAACCUGUGUUUUUAAUUUUGUUUUAUUUCAAGUGGUUCAAGCUGAAUGAAUGAAUCUGCUUUGCUGAGUGUUUAUAUAAUGAGACACUCCAAGCUUGUUGUACGCUGGAGUCCUGCUUCAGUGUAAUGGGAUUGACAUACAAUUCCUAUCCUUUUCUUUAAUGAGUAGAUUGCUGUAUUUGCAAUUAUGACAGCUUUACAACAGUAGAGCUGUAUAAAUAUACUGUAAAACAUGAAAGAUUUGCAAGCAAACAAUGUUCACUAUUUUUGCAUUCGUUAACAUGCUGCAACAUUAUCAUCAUUACUACAUUCAUAGUUUAUACAGUUUAUGAAUAAUUGAUCUAAAUAAUCUGCAGGAUGAAGUUGCUUUGAAGUCUGUUUGACAGUAACAGAGCUGGUGCUUUUGUGGAAUCACUAUUAGCAGUUUAUUCCUUUGGGCAAAAUAUGGCUUGUUUGCUUGUAUUUUGUAUUGGUAUGUUAUCAUUAGUGUGACAAUACUGUACAUCCUAAGGCAAGCUUAGCUAUUUAGAAAGGAUUUCAUUGACAGUGAGUUUGAGUUCCUGUAGGUGUCUGGUAUCUUUGUAUAUAAAGGGUGUGUGAGAAAUUCAUAACUGUAAUUGUGUACUUUGUAAAAUGACAUUUCAAAUCUUAAACCAUGAGACUUCAGAUACUGUGAUAUUAAUGAAGUUUGUCCUCCCCCUUAACAUUCUCUAGAUCUGCUUCAAAGCACUAGAUAUUAGUAACAGAGGAUUGUAAAGAUUUCCAUUGGAGAAUAGUUUAGAUUCCCUGCUGUGCUGACCUGCCAGUCUGGUAUAAACAAAUAGAGCUGAUGUUUGUCUUUCAAUUAAGAAUGUCUGUCUGAAAUCAAUAUACAACUUGCUUCCUAUAACGGAUUAAGAAGUGUGACACCUGGUGGAUACGAGGUGCCAUGACUCCCUUGAAAUGAAUUGUUACCAUGAAGCAUUGAACAUUUAAGUGAAUAGAAAUGACUAAUUUCCUGAUUCUAAGAGUAAAUUGAAAAACAAACCUUUACAAGGGUAUAAUAUUAACUUGCUUAACAAUCUCAAGGUUUUACAUUUACUAAAACUAGGAGAGUGAAAUCUAACAAAAACAAGUAAAACUUAACUGAUAAAUUGGUUUUAGAAUAAUUUUAAUAACUAAUCUUGCGGAAACAAGUUGUUUUAGGAUGUUUUCCAAAUAAAAUUAUAAUGUUUAUUCUGUUUUAAUUAAAUUUAUAAUGAAAAUAAUUCUUAAAUGGUUUUACUUUAAUUGUUGCUUAACAUGAUUAACAUGUGUGUAAUGGUAAUUCAGUGAGGAGAAUGAAACUGAGUUUUAUCCUCCUAUGAUCAAUAUAACUAAAGGUAUAACAAAAUGAAGUUUUGUUCUCUAAAUGUUACGAAUUCUGUUGUAUCUCUCUCCAUUGAGGAGGGGGAGCUACCUGUGUUAAUGACACACAUUGCUUGUGUAAAGGUAAGGGUCAUUCAAACUGUAAGCCAAUGAAAGGACUGAUUUUGCUCAGGGAUUUGCUUCCUGAUCUACCUGGAAGGGAUUGGAUCACCGAAGUAAACUCCUCUUUGGAAUCUAUAUUUAAAUAAAAACAAGCAUGAGCUCGUUCUCUUUAUCUUGGAUUCGGACUCACAAUGAAGUAACCAUUGAGCCGUCAUUUGAAUGUAAUGCAAACAUCCUUAGAAGACGUCGACUCCACAUCCAACUGCAACUCUCUGAGAGAUGUGGAGGUGCAAUUUAUAUUUUCCGAAUAUUUGAAUAUCUAACCUUUAAUGCUUAAUCAGCAGGGAGCAUUUGCGUUCAUAAUCUACUUGGCUACAGUAAUUUUGUAUUAAAAUAACUAUAAAGUUUAUAUUUGAAGUUUUAUAUUUUCAUGCUAAGAUGAAGCAAAUUUCAGAAGGGACACUUUGUGGCUUUCUUUACAAAAGUAAACCAGACACCUCCAUCCCGUCACAAACUCAGGAGUCACAAUAAGAUGUCUGGGCAGGCAGCCAAAAGUAACAUUUGUGUCUAGUUUAGAUACAAAGAGAGAUGGAAAUAAGUUUGUAUGUGCGGGUAAGGUGUGAGCUAACAGGGUGAUCACCUCAAUGACUGGGUAUUGAACAAGAAGAUGGGAGGCCCAUGAUGUUUGUGUAUAAAUAUAUGUGUUUUUAUUAAGUAUUUGCUUAUAAGUUUUCAUUUUAUUCCAUAUAUAGAAUAUUGUUUCAGGUUAGGACUCAGGGCGGAGUUCCACUUAAAUGUGUCUAAGAUGUGUUUCUGCUUCUGCAAUAUCAUGGCAUGCUCCAGCAGCAAAAGGUUAGACAACAGGAACUAGGUAGGGAACAAGGCUAAACCUCAUGUGUACGUGCUCACUUGCACAUAGUGCUAAAUUGUUCAGAAUGUUCAGAAAUAAGUCUUGGAAAAACAACCCCUUAUAUGGAAAUCUCCUGAAACUGUCUAUGUGAUGUAAGUGACUGUAUAACUGUGCUGAAAGGCUGUAUCAUUAAGUCAGACUUGUGUUUUGAACGCAUUUGUUGGCUUCCUUUGCGCGUCAUAUUAAAGGUUGUUGUAAGACCACUGCUCCUGGUUUACUGUGUCGAGUCCUUUCAAAUACCUACUACAGAGAAAACACCAACUGCAUUCCAACUGUGUUUUUCAACAACGACCACAUCUCCAGAAUAAAUAUUACCUUUCAAAGACUUUAAGACUCAAGUAAAAUACUAUGUUUGUAUAGGAAAUACCUACAUGCAAACCAGAAGGAAAAACGUUUAAUACAAUUUAACACGUUUUAAAAAAUACUUUGAACAAUUGAGACAAGACUUUAACUGAUCUGAUGAUAUUGUGUGCAUUUGAAAAAAAAACAACUACGAACAUCAGAACCAUUUAAACAUUGAUUGAAUUGAUCUAAAGUUCUGAAGUAACUCGAGAUUACAACUGAAUACUAAAGGCAAUUGAAACUGUUUCCAAACUGAACUUGUUGAAACAAAAAUGUAGCCUUCAUUCCGACCAACACAACAGAUGCUGCUUAUCAUAGUAACUAGGUGUGUUUACACUGGCACAAAUAUUCCAUAUCGAGAGGAUAUUAAAUAUUGAUAAUAUGUUUGAUAUAUCAAUUAACAGUGGUGGCUGCAUGUUUUAUUUUGUUAUGUAGUUUACAUUUUUCGAUGUGUAGUAACUACUGGCUAAAUCUGAUUACAGAUUUCAGAAAUAAUGUCUGAAGGACGCUUGUGCAACUUCACUGAUGAAGAAAGCAGAGUUUUAAUAUCUAUCUGGAGUGAAGACAGGAUCCAACGGGCAGCGGAAAAAUCUGUCACUACAGCAGGACGUCAGCCUUUUUUUCUUUCCCCCUCAAAGUACGCAUGCUCAGAGUCUGCUCCUGUAAGAACUACCCUCCGCUGUUUCAAGCACGUGUAAAUGCACUGUUCCAGUACAGACUCUCCCAGAAUCUUAUCAGAAAGAUUCCGGAACGCUAGUGUAAACGUACCUACUGUAGGUAAUGUGCGCGAAUCCUGUGUGCACGUAACCUUAUGGAAGCCAUUGUUCUUAUGAAAAUGAUUGUUUAAAUGUUUGACUCCUGCUUGUGUCCAUACUUAUAAUUCUGGUACCAUUAUUUUUAACUUUUAUAUUCUUACUUUUGUGAGCCUUAAUGAACUUAAUAAGUUGUGUGUGAGAGUAUUUUUUCCCUGUUAUGAGCACUAAAGUAAGCAUUUAUGAUUAAUUUCAGAUCCUUAAACACGUUAUACAUUGUAAAGGAGCAAAGAGAGUGUAGUCCUGUGGAGCACAGGACUACAUUCCCCAGAAGGCAAAUGGAUGAAAAUUGUGAACAUUUUUGGGGUAAUUAUGUGAAUUGUUUAGUUAUUUUGGCAGUAAGCCUAAUCAGCCAAGAACAUAAGAAAGUUUACAAACGAGAGGAGGCCAUUCAGCCCAUCUUGCUCGUUUGGUUGUUAGUAGCUUAUUGAUCCCAGAAUCUCAUCAAGCAGCUUCUUGAAGGAUCCCAGGGUGUCAGCUUCAACAACAUUACUGGGGAGUUGGUUCCAGGCCCUCACAAUUCUCUGUGUAAAAAAGUGCCUCCUAUUUUCUGUUCCGAAUGCCCCUUUAUCUAAUCUCCAUUUGUGACCCCUGGUCCUUGUUUCUUUUUUCAGGUUGAAAAAGUCCCCUGGGUCAACAUUGUCAAUACCUUUUAGGAUUUUGAAUGCUUGAAUCAGAUCACCGUGU